CUCGCUCGCGGUGCGCACCGCGCUGGGCUCGAGCGCGCCUGCACGUACGUCGCUUUCACGUGUGUAUUGCUAUGGAGUGCAUAUGUGGAUACACAAGAAUAUGCUGAAACAAAUCUUGGAUAGAGGCGGCGAAGUCGGGACAGACGGAAGCUAAAGAAGUAAACAGGUCAUGGCACGUUUAACAAAAAGACGACAGGCGGAUACAAAAGCUAUCCAGCAUCUUUGGGCAGCCAUUGAGAUUAUACGGAACCAGAAGCAAAUUGCCAACAUUGACCGUAUUACAAAGUAUAUGUCUCGAGUCCACGGUAUGCAUCCAAAAGAGACCACCCGUCAGCUGAGCUUAGCUGUGAAAGAUGGUCUUAUUGUCGAAACUCUGACAGUGGGCUGCAAAGGUUCAAAAGCUGGUAUUGAACAAGAAGGAUAUUGGUUGCCAGGAGAUGAGAUUGCCUACAGUAUGCAGCCUUUCUCCAGGACAGCAACCCCAAACAAGGACUGGGAAACAGAAAAUCAUGACUGGUAUUGUUUUGAAUGCCAUUUGCCUGGAGAGGUGUUGAUAUGUGACCUGUGUUUUCGUGUGUAUCAUUCCAAGUGUUUGUCUGAUGAGUUCAGGCUUAGAGACAGCAGUAGUCACUGGCUGUGCCCAGUUUGCAGGAGCAUCAAGAAGAAGAAUACAAACAAACAGGAGAUGGGCACAUACCUGAGAUUCAUCGUCUCCCGCAUGAAGGAGAGGGCUAUAGAUCUUAAUAAAAAGGGGAAGGACAAUAAACAUCCGAUGUACAGGAGGCUGGUACAUUCAGCUGUUGACGUUCCCACCAUACAAGAGAAAGUGAACGAAGGCAAAUACCGAAGUUACGAGGAGUUCAAGGCUGAUGCUCAGCUGCUUCUCCACAACACAGUGAUUUUCUAUGGAGCAGACAGUGAGCAAGCUGACAUUGCGAGGAUGCUUUACAAAGACACAUGUCAUGAGUUGGAUGAACUUCAGCUUUGCAAGAAUUGCUUCUAUUUGUCCAAUGCUCGUCCUGACAAUUGGUUCUGCUAUCCCUGUAUACCGAAUCAUGAGCUUGUUUGGGCUAAAAUGAAAGGCUUCGGAUUCUGGCCAGCCAAAGUCAUGCAGAAGGAGGACAAUCAAGUUGAUGUUCGCUUCUUUGGCCACCACCACCAGAGGGCCUGGAUUCCUUCUGAGAACAUUCAAGACAUCACCGUCAACAUUCACCGGCUACAUGUCAAGCGCAGCAUGGGCUGGAAAAAGGCCUGUGAUGAGCUGGAGCUGCAUCAGCGUUUCCUUCGUGAAGGUCGAUUUUGGAAGUCCAAGAAUGAGGACCGAGGUGAGGAAGAGGCAGAAUCCAGUAUCUCCUCUACCAGCAAUGAGCAGCUGAAGGUCACUCAAGAACCAAGAGCAAAGAAAGGACGACGUAAUCAAAGUGUGGAGCCCAAAAAGGAAGAACCCGAACCUGAAACUGAAGCAGUAAGCUCUAGCCAGGAAAUCCCCACAAUGCCUCAGCCAGUUGAAAAAGUUUCUGUGUCAACUCAGACCAAGAAGUUAAGUGCCUCUUCCCCAAGAAUGCUGCAUCGGAGCACCCAGACCACGAGCGACGGGGUGUGUCAGAGCAUGUGCCACGACAAGUACACCAAAAUCUUCAACGACUUCAAAGACCGGAUGAAGUCUGACCACAAGCGCGAGACUGAGCGAGUCGUGCGGGAAGCUCUUGAGAAGCUGCGUUCUGAAAUGGAAGAAGAAAAAAGACAAGCUGUAAAUAAAGCUGUAGCCAAUAUGCAGGGUGAAAUGGACAGGAAAUGUAAGCAAGUAAAGGAGAAGUGUAAAGAAGAAUUUGUAGAAGAAAUCAAGAAGCUAGCAACACAGCACAAACAGCUAAUUUCUCAGACCAAGAAGAAGCAGUGGUGCUACAACUGUGAGGAGGAGGCCAUGUACCACUGCUGCUGGAACACCUCCUACUGCUCCAUCAAGUGCCAGCAGGAGCACUGGCACGCCGAGCACAAGCGCACCUGCCGCCGGAAGAGAUGAAGCCGGCCCUUGCGGAGUCUCCCGUGAUUGCUCUUCUCAGACACAGCGGUUUUUGUUUCCAAGAAGCCAAAAUUGUUUAGAAUUUGCUUCCCAUUUUGCACCAGCCUUUAAACACUUUUCGUGAAGAAAUUUUGCACAGUAGUUUAAAUCUUUUGUUAAUGCUCCUCCGGAGUUUUUCAGGGGGUAAAAGUAACAUCAGUGGAGGGUAUUAUUUUAAAUGAAUUUUAAUUGAGAAUUUGUUGCAUUUUCAGCAAAUUUUAAAACAUUUUUAGGUUUUACAGAGAUUUUAACCUUUAAACAACAGAUCUUUAAAAAAAAAAAACAACAGGUGAAUACAGUAAGUUUAACAAAGAAACAUUUAGAAUAGAUCUGAAUGUAAGAACCACAGAACUGUUUCAGAAGUAAAACAUACUACCUUGACGUGACAUUUAUUUCUUAACCUUGUUGAGCUGGUUUUGUUCAGCUUAAUUUACUGUUCAAAGGCAUUAUCUGUUGGGUUAUGCCAGUGGGUAUUGAUUGAAUUUAGGGAACAGGGUUGACACAGCAGGGCUAGUCCUGCGUAUUUUUUCUUAAAUAUUUCCCAAUUGUGUUUUUCAUUAUUUCUUUUCAAUAUAUAACUUUUAUAACAAAUUAUUAGCUUUGAUCUUGUAGUUUAAAAUUGCAGGGAACUGGGGUAAUCUUUUACUGAGCUGGAUCUUAGAGAAAAUGAAUAUUUAAAUUUUAAAGUUUGCACAUUUCAUCUUUGUCCUAACAUGAGUGCUUGUAACAAAAUAAACAACAAUAAGAAAAGCCAAAAACUACCUUUCUCCAUAUGUGAAAUUAUUGACAAGGCAUACAAAUUUCUUUAAUGC